CAAACAUCAAAUCAGCUGUCUAGAAAUAAUAAUAUUUAUUAAGUCGCACAAAAGUAUUAAAGGCAGCAUUUUUGCUUAGUAUAUUGAUUAUUUCAUUGCCAUCAGUUAUUGCCAAUUGUAAUUUCAUCAUACUUAAAUAUUAUAAUUGGUCGGCAAAAUGUUAAAUCUCAUAAACGAAAUUAUGGAUAUAAUCUUGGAUUAUCUUCCAGUCCAAGACUUAUUAAAUGCAUCAUUAGUAUCUAAAGAAUGGCUUGAUUACAUCGGAAAAAGUGCUGCAUUUCGAAAGAAAGUUGUAAUUAACUCAAACUUCUACACUGAUCCUGUGAUUACUGACAAAAGGCAGUAUAAAUCAUUAAAUAUAAGGCAGCACGAAAUUACUAAAACGACUACUAAAUUAAUUAAGAACCACGAAUGGCACACAGUGUACUUUAAUGUCCAAAAAGUUUCAUCUCAAAAGGAAUUUGUUGGAAUAAUUGAAAAAAUGCAGCAUGUCAAGAACUUGAAAGUCAUGAACGUUGCAAUAACAAAGUUAAAAGAUCACAAAAAGCUUUCAUUAUCAAGUCUGGAAAAUCUUGUAUUUUCGGAUGUUGCAGUUGAUACUUUUGAGACAUUCUUGUCUCAUCAUCAAGAACUAAAGACGCUUUCUUUAAGAUUUAUUACUGCUGACAUAUUAAACAAACGUGCAGUAAGAGAGUAUGUCAUAGAAUUUCUAAUUUUAAAUAGUCAAGUGAGUCAACUGGAGCUAUAUGCUGAUGUCGUCAAUGAAUUAUUCAAAGAUGAAGUUACACAAAUUGUGCCACUUAAACUAAGAUCAAUCACGUUAAAUUUAUGUGAUGUAAAGGAUUCUAUGAUAAAGAAAAACAUUGAAGAUUUUUUAAAAUCUCAAGAAAGUUCUCUCGAAGAACUGAAGAUCCUUUUUCAACAGAAGUUUAUUGGAAGGCGAAAAUAUCCACAGUAUCAAUGGUUCUUGGAAGAUGAAGAUUCAGGUGAAGACGAGGAAAUGGAAGAUAAAUGCAAUGAUAUAUCCAUACUAUUUAAUGUCUGGAAUAACUUGUCAAACUUGAAGAAACUGACAUUGCGUUUCUUCGUCAAUUUCGUUGACAACAUGGAAUUUCUGCUGACUUUAAAAAACUUGAAACCUAAUAAUUGCAUAAAGAUUCUCAAUAUUAAGCACAUUGGAUGCACAAUUCCAAUAAGAACUGUCGACAGGAUCAUAAAAUUAUGUCCAAAUCUAAAUUCUCUCUAUAUCUCGAACUUGAAUCCAUCUGUGAUUAAUUUAUGUUCUCAUAACUUGAAGCUUCUUAGAAGUAUUAAUUAUAGUAUUGAAAUGGAUGGUGCCAUUAAUGUAUACGAUACAGCCAUCAAACCAGUUAAUGAUUGCAACAAAUUCAUCAAAUUUCAUAAGGAGCAUAUGGGUUAAAAUCAUCAAUUAAGCAUGCACAGUCUAUUAAUAUCAUUAAAAGUUUAUUUUCUAAUAAAUCUUAUCU